CUGGAGCAACAAGAGAGAUUCGCCAAGCGCAUGAAGAUGCACCAUGGAUUAUAUUUGAACAAAAUGCGGAGGAUUUCAACAUUACAAGCAGAAAGUCCACUUCAGUGAUGAGGUCCAAAUCUGCCAUUAAAGAGGAGUGACCAACUCUGGAUCACAGGGCCUGCGACCUCUGAACCCAUCAGGAUAAAUUCCUGAUCAACACUUUUCUGCUGAAGUUGGUACCGGGAUCAUUCAAAACUGUUUCUCCAACGCUUCUACCAAAAACUCAGACUGUUUUCCAAAGCAGAGCUGGCUGAGCCCUCCCAGGCCGAGGGAAUGGGGAGUGUGCGAAGCCACCGCUACAGCAUUGUGUCCUCUGAGGAAGACGGCAUGAAGCUGGCCACCGUGGCCGUCCCGAACGGCUAUGGAAAUGGCAACAUGAACAAGGUGCACACUGAGCGCCCCCUGCAGAGCCGCUUUGUCAGUAAAGACGGCCACUGCAACGUGCAGUUCAUCAACAUGCGCGAGAAGGGCCAGCGCUACCUCGCCGAUAUCUUCACCACCUGUGUGGACAUUCGCUGGCGAUAUAUGCUCCUUAUCUUUUGCAUGUCUUUUCUGCUCUCAUGGCUCUUUUUUGGUUUCGCUUUUUGGCUAGUGGCUUUUACAUACGGGGACUUAGAGAACGAGACUCAGAUGUGUGUUUCUAAUGUUGACAGCUUCACAGCUGCCUUUUUGUUCUCAGUGGAGACCCAAACCACCAUUGGCUAUGGCUACCGCUAUGUGACAGAGGAGUGCCCUAUUGCUGUGUUUAUGGUCGUCUUCCAGAGCAUUGUGGGCUGCAUCAUCGAUGCUUUCAUCAUUGGUGCUGUCAUGGCUAAAAUGGCUAAACCCAAAAAGAGGAAUGAGACACUGGUGUUUAGCCAUUACGCCACUGUGGCCAUGAGAGAUGGCAAACUGUGCCUGAUGUGGAGGGUGGGCAACCUGAGGAAAAGCCACCUAGUGGAGGCUCAUGUGCGCGCGCAGCUCCUCAAGUCUCGCACCACAGUGGAGGGGGAGUUCAUCCCUUUGGACCAGGUGGACAUUGAUGUGGGCUUUGACAGCGGCAUCGAUCGAAUCUUCCUGGUGUCUCCCAUUACUAUUGUGCAUGAGAUUGAUGAGGACAGCCCCUUCUAUGAGAUGAACAAGCACGAGCUGGAGACAUCUGACUUUGAGAUAGUGGUGAUUUUGGAGGGCAUGGUGGAAGCCACGGCCAUGACCACACAGUGUCGCAGCUCCUAUGUGGCUGGUGAGAUCCUUUGGGGUCACCGCUUUGAGCCUGUGCUCUUUGAAGAGAAAAACUAUUACAAAGUAGACUACUCCCGCUUUAAUAACACCUAUGAGGUUCCCAGCACUCCUCAGUGCAGUGCCAGGGAGUUAGCUGAGAGGAAGUCCAACACUAGCUCUAGAAACUCCUUCUGUUAUGAGAACGAGGUGGCUCUGGAGAAAGUGGAGAUGGAGGAAGAGGAGGAAGAAAGCAAAGACACAAGGCCAAUGGAAACCUUUGAUGAUACAAAUAUUGACAUAGUGUCAGACUGUGAUCCCAACCUGGACUCUCCAACACUGGAGGAAAGGCCUUUGACCGCAGAAUCAGAAAUAUGAAGUUUAUGUUGUGAUCACAA